CAUUCAGGGCAGGAUGGAGACUCCACCAACGUUUGCCGCAGCGAAUUGAAUGGUCUGUGCUAUCGGAUACCCGACAUUCUACAGUCAUGGCCCGGUUAAGACGGCUUUCAAAGCCCUCUUCGGCCUCGGGGUUAACUAAAUUGGCAGGGGAAAAAUAUAAUUGGGCUAGUCAAGCUACUUAUAGUUCCUGUGUGCCAAAGCCUACCGGAGUAGAGGCUACUUAAUGUUCGGUACGCCCAGAAUUGGCCUGUCUUCUCCUCGGUGACGUCUGAGCCCGAAUUCUUUUCCGUCCCGUUGGAGUUUGGCACCUCACAACAGAACUUUUUUUGCAUUGUUUCGUUCACUGUGUGGAUUGUCAAUUAAGUCGACCACCUACUAUACGCGAUUCCCUUCUUGCACGGAAGAAAUCAUGGCGAGAGAUGACGAGAUCGCUUCCCACACCUCCUCCGAUAUUGACUCCCUGGAGGAGCGCAACCAAGACGUAGGAGCCUUGGAGAAACAAACCACUGCUGCUUCAGGCUUGUCGGUGUUUGAACAGCGUGCGCAAUCUAUUAUUUCAAGAAUUCGUAGUCGAGAACCAGGACAAACUGCUCGAUUUACACAUCCGCUUUCGCAUACCAAGACCGCCGAGGAUGUAAUUGUCGACUUUGAGGGACCGGACGAUCCUUAUCGCCCGAUGAAUUGGUCGUUUAGGAAGAAGGCGAUCACCACGGUGUUAUAUGGGUUAACGACAAUGGGCGCAACCUGGGCAAGUGCUAUCUACUCGACUGGUACUACUCAUAUCAGCUCUGAAUUCAGAGUAAGUGACGAAGUCAGUACCCUAGGAACAACAUUACUGCUGUUUGGAUUUGGGCUGGGGCCUCUAGUCUGGGCUCCUCUCUCCGAAGUCUACGGACGCAAACCCGCCGUGCUAGCACCCUACUUUAUUGCAGCGAUCUUCUCCUUUGGUAGCGCAACAUCCAAAGACCUGCAAACCCUAAUGAUCACUCGAUUCUUUACUGGCUUCUUCGGCUCUGCCCCCGUCACCAACACCGGCGGCGUGCUGGGCGAUCUCUGGACACCCGAGCAGCGAGGCGCCGCUAUUGUCGGAUACGCCAUGGCGGUGGUUGGAGGACCAGUUCUGGGCCCUAUAGUCGGAGGCGCAAUUUCAGAAAGCUAUCUCGGCUGGCGGUGGACACAAUACAUCACCGGUAUAAUGAUGAUGUUGUUCUUGGUCCUCGAUAUCGUCUUCGUCGACGAAAGCUACCCUCCCGUCCUCCUCGUGUACAAAGCCCAACGCCUGCGCUAUGAAACGGGCAACUGGGCUCUUCACGCCCGCCACGAAGAAUGGGACGUCACCUUCAAAGAACUCGGCAACAAAUACCUGAUCCGCCCCUUUGCUCUUCUCGCCACCCCGAUCUGCUUCCUCGUCGCCAUCUACGCGUCCUUCGUCUACGGCAUCCUCUACCUCUCCCUCGCCUCCUUCCCCGUCGUCUUCCAAGAAGUCCGCGGUUGGAACCAAGUCGUCGGCGCCCUCCCGUUCCUCGCAUACCUCGUCGGCAUCCUCUUCGGCGCCGCCAUCAACCUCGCAAACCAGAGAUUCUACAUCAAACGCUUCAAAGCAAACAACAACUUCCCCGUCCCCGAAGCCCGCCUGCCGCCCAUGAUGCUCGGCUCGAUCUUCUUCGCCGGAGGCUUGUUCCUCUUCGGCUGGACCGGCCAGAGGCAAAUCCACUGGAUUGCCUCCCUGGUUGGAGCCGUGCUCACGGGCUUGGGGUUUUUCACCAUCUUCCAGGCCGCCCUGAACUACCUCAUCGAUACCUUCCAGGCCGUUGCUGCGUCCGCCGUCGCAGCCAAUACCUUUCUCCGCAGUAUCUUUGCCGGUUGUUUCCCGCUCUUUGCCACCGCCAUGUUCCGCAACCUCGGUGUGCCGUGGGCCUCGAGCGUGCUCGGGUUUAUUGCCGUUGCGCUUAUUCCGAUCCCUUACUUGUUCUACAUCUAUGGGCCGAGGAUCAGAGCGAGAGGGAAGUGGUCGAGGGCUUCUUGUUAUCCUCACUAA